AAUCUGUGUGUUUCAGUGGAUAACUACUUUUUUACGUGCUCUGUGGCGUGUGCGUGCUGCGCGCGCGUCUCAGAAAAAUGGCAUCUCAACAGUUUGACGUUGAUUCCAACACUCGCCAAAUUAUAGAAGAAAAGGCCAAAAGGCGAGCAUUUCUUCGCGAAGAGUUUAUAAAACAAAAAACCAACCCCUUCCAACAUGCUUCAGGUGGAGGUGGCACAGUGUUUGAUCCUGCAAUGAUGCGAUACCAGGCUAUGACUGUUAGUGGAUGGGACUACUUCAAACCUUCGGGAAAGAAUGCACUAUAUGGUCUGAUUUUUAUAGUGGCUCCUAUGUUUACAUUUGGCUAUUUCGUACAAAAAAGUAAGGCAGAACAAGAAGCAAAAUAUAGAAGAGGAGAAGUUGCGUACAAAGACCGCAGAUUUAAAUUUAUCUAAUUUUUUGUUUAUUACAUUCUAUUUGUAGUUUGAAUUGUUUAGUACAUACACUUUUGUUGACACUUGCUUUUUAAUUUCAUUGCUAGUAUAUUAAUUACUAUUACGUGAUACUGAAUCUGCAAAGUAGAGGUCGUCCCCUCAACAUCAAGAAUAUUCACUUCAUGGGAGCGACACUUUUUGACAUAAGUCUGUUCUAUUGUGAAGAUAAAGUGAUUUGCUCCUUUUCAUAUUGAUAUAUAUAUAUAUAUAUAUAUUAUUAGGUCACUGUGAAUUUGUGUUUUAGAUGGUGAAACUAUGUUAAUAUCAAUAGUUUUAGCAAGUACAGUGAGUAAAGUCAUAUGACCAGGACCUCAAUGCAUACAUAAUCUAUUUUCCAACGGCUAUGGUACGCACAUAGUGUAGGAAUAAUCAGCAGGAAGGAAGUACAAAUACAUAUUGUAGCGUUUUUCUGGGUUCUUUUGGGUGUGGAUUAAAACACUGGAUUCCACAAAAAGAAAUGCACUAAUUUAUUUAACUUGAUAAAUCAUUUAUAUGCACCACUAUUUAUGUCUGACUAAUUCUUAUGUCACCAUUUACUGUACUAUGCUUCACUCCGCUCUGCUACUCUACCGUAUUCAGUACUCCCUUCCAUCUCCCGGCCGCCGAGUUAUAUAGUCCACAUCGUCGAGUCUAGAAGAAUCGGGAGCCACAUAGCGGCCUUCCCGAAUAGUCGAAGUUGCUUCGCGUCGAUCUAGAUGGCGAUCCGCCGCCAGGUGGCUGGUGCGGUCGUGAUUCGCGUAAAAGCAGAGAUCGGCCAUGAAGCUCUAGCGAGUAGGAGACUCGACCAACAGAUGGCACCGACAGUAUGAUUCGGCACAAUAUCAAAACUGGCGUCAUGCAGGUUAACCUUCCCACGCAACAUUAUCAUCACUUCAUAAAAGAUUAUGUCUGGAAUUAGUUAGCCCUUCUUGGAAAAAUAUAUAACAAAGUUUUCUGGCCAAGCCCCUUAAAAGUUAAAUAUUUAGCAUAGUUUUGGCAAUAUUUAAGAUUCUCAAGACAUUUGCUACCCCCUGCUCUCCAAAAAAUGUUUGAUGGCUGAUACAUAAUCAAUUAUGGUGGCGCAUGACAUAAAUGGUGAACUUUUGGCGUAUUUUUCAAGCCUCAUCCCGCUAAAUUAUUCCAUUGCAGUAAGAAUAAUUUACGUCAAAGUUUGAAGUAAUUCGGGUAACCCGUGUCACAUUGAUUGGUCCCAUGGGUCACAGUGAUGAGCAGUUUUAGUUUGAACCAAUCUCAAUUAGGUCAGGCAAUCGAUUUAUACUUGUUUCGGAAGGCAGAACACAACAGAGAAUAAUGUUUUCAUAUAAUUGAUGAUUUUCGCCUCUUAGACUAUUUUUAUAGCUGUAAAAGUGUAGUGUAAUUUUCGAUAUGAUGCAUUUAUCGUAUGCAUAUAAUGCAAAUUUGAUUCAUCAUAGAAUAGUAGUAAUUCUUUCAUUAUUCUAGAAGAAACGAGUUGGCAAGUUUUUGUUGACAACCAUACAAUGUUGAGAAGCUUAGGUCACUUGACCAAACUAGAUCGAAAUUAAUUACCCUGCUGACCGUAAAUGCUUUCAUCGAGUAUGAAGCAGUAGGCCUUAUCAUAAAUUGAUUCGUGACUAUUUUAUGCGAAAAAGAACGACUUAGGAAAUAUAUUCUUAAAGUUUUACUACUAUUGCCUAUAAGUUAGAAAAGUAUCAAGCAUAUAAUUUUACAAAACAAGUAACAAAGCCUAAUAGCAAUGAAUAUUCAGUCGGAAUUCUAUAUAGACUAUUGCUGACGCUCCUAGAUACCGAUUUUUGCAUUGUCUGUUUUAUUAAAAAGUUCCGAUUCAGAUGUGUGCACAACUAAUAUAACAGAAUGUUACCACUAAUAUUAGAUAUCCCAAGGUAAUGCAAAUGGCAAUAAUAGCUCACACCUCUGAUACCAACAUUUAUACUGAUUAUAGUCUGUAUGAUAUCGUGUUUGACGAGUAUGUAAUAUUACAGGUAAUAUACUGUGUAAGCUUGAGUAAUGGAAAAGCGUUAACACAAGUUUGUUUUCCAUAGACCAAUAAGAUGCGUUAAUUCUUUCUCGGGCAUCCAAAUCGGUAUAUCCAAAAGACUGGUAAGUCUAUAAACUUGCUAAGUGCUAGGAUUAUGGCUGAAUAAAGUAGUUUCUGUUUUUUUUGCAGUAAUCCUCCUAUGCAGAAGAUAUCUUAACCAGAAGCUUGCAAAACUAAAUAAUUUAAGAUAAAAACAAUUCUCUUUCAUAUUGAUCAAUGUAAAAAGUCGUUCUGAAACAUAAAGAUUUGAAUAUGUCACGUCCAUAAUGUGGUUUAUCAAGGACACUUGAUGUAGUGUGACGCGGACACAUUGUGUGACUUAACAUGAUUUAUAAAGUAGGAUUUUUUUUAUUAUCACAGAUAGGUGGGUGCUGCAAGUAGCAAAUGAAAAUUCGCAAUAUUGGUUUUAACAUUAUAAAACAUAUUUAUGGCAAAAAUUAACGUACUUUGCCUCUGGGGCACACUGUGCGGUCGAAAAUUUUGAAAUAGUUUACUUAUCACUACAAUGAAUAUUCGAAAUUGCAUAUAUUUUAUUUAUAUCAAUGCGUGGGAAGUGUUAAUGCAAUCUGCUUGACUCUUCUUUUUACUUUUGCCCCAUUUUUUAGAACUUAGUUCCUGUUGAAAAUAUAGGUUAUUCGUAUAUGAUUUAUCUAUUGUUCUUAUGAGAUUGAGAAAAGUUUUUUCUUCA